GAGCUUUGAAGUAAUUGGAUUCAAUGGACGAAAUGCUGCUGUUGACAAGAAUUCUCUUGGUGGGCUUCAUCUGCGCUCUUUUAGUCUCCUCUGGGCUGACUUGUGGACCAGGCAGGGGCAUUGGAAAAAGGAGACACCCCAAAAAGCUGACCCCUUUAGCCUAUAAGCAGUUUAUUCCCAAUGUGGCAGAGAAGACCCUAGGGGCCAGUGGAAGAUAUGAAGGGAAGAUCACAAGAAACUCCGAGAGAUUUAAAGAACUAACCCCAAAUUACAACCCUGACAUUAUUUUUAAGGAUGAAGAGAACACGGGAGCUGACAGACUGAUGACUCAGAAAGUUCGCUCUCGGGAAGGGGACAGGGCACUUAGAGGCAGGAAUUUGCCCCGUGCAGGUGGCUUUGAACUGACACACUCACUCCCCGAAAACUCGGUGGCGGCCAAAUCAGGGGGUUGUUUCCCCGGCUCGGCCACAGUGCACCUGGAGCAAGGAGGCACCAAGCUGGUGAAGGACCUGAGUCCCGGGGACCGGGUGCUGGUGGCUGACGCGGAGGGCCGGCUGCUCUACAGCGACUUCCUCGCCUUCCUCGACCGGGAGGACGAUUCCCAGAAGCUCUUCUAUGUCAUCGAGAAAAGCAAAAUUCUGUACUUUCCCAUCUCUCCAUCACAUUGCUCCUUCAUUUCACAGGUGAAUCUGAAGGCAGCAGUUGCCUUCCCCUCGCGGUGGUGCCGGAGUUUAAACCGUGGGUGCCUGGAAGAUGGAAAUCUAGGGGAGCAACACUGA